CUAUAUAACAAAUAAUUUGAGCUCAUGGGUAGAGCUAAAGACAGAUCACUGAUAGGCAAGGACAAGGGUCCUGGCAGAAAAUCCAAGAAGCAGGCAGAUCCCAUUCAUCUUGUAGAAGAAAAAGAGGCCAAGCCGAAGAAAAGGCGCAAAAGUAAAGUCGAAGAUGGCGCCAAGGAAUUGAAAAAGAAGAAAAGGAAAGAAAUUAAACUCUCAGACGAGACCCCUGAGGAAGUGAGUGUUGAAGUACAGCUAGAAGAGGAGGAGGACAAGGAGAGCAAACUUGAGGAUCUGAAUAUACUUCAAGAAACUCUUCUUAAGGAAACUGUUCUGGAGAAAGCUACUGGUUUUGAGGAUAACAAGAACUGGUUAACAGCUACAAAUGGGGAGGAAGAUGAUGAUGAUAUGGGUAUUAUGGGAGAUGAUUUUGAAGGAGCAGAUGACAAAGUGAAGGAAGGAAGUGAAGAUGAGAUGAUGGGUGACGAGUUCCCUCACGACUCAGACGAAGAAGUUGUUGACGAGACCAAGGAAGCUGCUGCUGAUGAGGCAGAGAGACAAGAAGCUGCUAAGAGAAUACAAACCUUUAUACUCCCUACUCCUGAAGAGCUGGAGGAAGAAGGAAUCAUAUCCCGAGAAGAUAGGAACGAGCGGAUAAGAUCAGUUUUAGCAACUCUCGCAGACUUCAAGACACUCCGACAGGAAGAAAGAAACAGAAGAGAGUACAGGAGUUUGUUGAUGUCCGAUCUCUGUAAACACUACGAGUACAACGAGUUUCUAAUGGGUCAACUAAUGGAGAUAAUGCCCUAUGGAGAACUAAUUGAUCUACUAGACGCCCAAGAGACACGCAGACCGGUGACUAUCAGAGCAAACUCUCUGAAGACAAGACGGAGAGACCUGGCCCAGACUCUUAUUAACAGAGGAGUUAACCUGGACCCCAUCGGAAAAUGGAGCAAGGUGGGUCUAGUAGUGUACAACACAUCGGUACCCCUCGGAGCCACUCCGGAGUACCUAGCUGGACACUAUAUGUUACAGGGAGCUAGUUCUUUUAUACCUGUCAUGGCUCUACAUCCUAAACCCGGUGAGAGAGUGUUGGACAUGUGUGCGGCCCCUGGUGGCAAGAGUGCUUAUCUAGCUGCACUGAUGAAAAACACAGGAAUGUUGCUGUCUAAUGACGCCAGUAAGGACCGAACUAAAGCUCUUACUGCUAACUUACACAGACUCGGAGUGAACAAUGCGAUAGUAUGUAACUAUGACGGUUUAGCGUUCCCCAAAGUUAUGGGAAACUUUGACAGAGUAUUAUUAGAUGCGCCUUGUAGUGGCAGUGGAGUGGUCAGUAAAGAUCCGUCAGUGAAACAGUCUAAAGACGAGCAAGAGAUUCUGAAGAUCGCUGAAGUUCAGAAGAAGCUUCUUUUAGCAGCAAUAGACUCUGCUGAUCACAGCUCUAAAACUGGAGGCUACAUAGUUUACUCGACCUGCAGUGUGUUAGUCCAGGAGAACGAGUGGGUCGUGGACUACGUUCUCAAGAGAAGACAUGUGAAACUGGUACCACUGGGUCUGGACAUCGGCAAAGCGGGGUUCACAAGGAUCAACAAGUACAGAUUUGAUAAGUCCAUGUCCCUCACUAAGAGAUAUUACCCCCACACUCAUAAUAUGGACGGGUUCUUCGUGGCUAAAUUUAAGAAAACAUCUAAUGCUAUCAAAACUGUUAAGGACGAUUCACCAGAAGUCAAACUAUCAGACGAUGAAGAUGAAGAAGAUGAUGAAGACAUGAAUGAUGAUGUUGUAGAUGGUGACGAAGAGAUGGAAGGUGGUUUAACCGAUACAGACGAAGAAGAUGAAAGUAAGGAUGCAGGUCCUAAAGAUGAGGAAAUGGAGUGUAUUACCGAGACCAAGGAAAACGGAACUGAGGAAGAGAAUUCAGAAAAAGCCGACCAGGAAAAAUCAGAGGAAGUCAGUUCAGUGCAACCUAAGAAAUUGAAACGGAAGAAAAAGAAAACUAAAAAUGCCACUUAGAUUUGUUAAGUUUUACGGGAUU